AUUUUGCCCCCUUCCUGCUUUCUUCUCUGCUCCUUUCUUUGUACCUCCACUCUUCAACUCCCAUCACUCCCCCCCCCCUCCUUCCUUCAUUCGCUUUCACUCUCCUUGCCCACCAAUUCGUUCCUCCCCAAGGUAACUUCCUCCUCCUAAUGCACCGCCUCCUCUUACCCUCUCCUUGUUAUGCCCUCCAGCCCCUGUUAGUUCUCAUCCUCUACUCUCCUCUCCUCAUCCUUUUUGACUCCAAAUCCUUUGCUUUUCCAUUCAUGGUUUAUUAAAUCCAGACGAAGUCGCGCUCUUCCUUACUUUCUCGAGAUUUGAUUCGAAAAGGAGGCUUUUACAUCUGUCAACCCUUUUUCGCGGCCUGCCCGGGAUUUCGGCUCAGUCGAGUCAUUUCCUUUUGUGUUUUGUCAUGACAUGAGCUCCUUUUAGGCGAUUCCCAGUUUCUCUCAUUUCAUCGGUGAACCUGGUGAUUCGAAUAUGAUACCAACCGUCUCUCCCAAUCUCAAGUGUUGGCAGAGUUCACUUCUCACAACCCCUCAUUCUCUCUGUCAUUCCCCGAAGCCGCCUGUUCCGUUUCAUUCUCCUUCACUUGGAAAUCUUUCUAAUAGUGUUCACACCGCUCUGCUUCAUCGAUUGGUUUCCCGCUCUCCCUUUGCCGGCUUCAAGAAUUUCAGAACGCAAAGAGGAAAGCGAGCUUGCUCUGCGCCCGCAGAUUCUGAUGAUAUUUUGGACCCCGAAAUGAUGAAACUGGUUCAGGAAGCAGAAAAGGCAUUCAAUCAAUCGGAGGCCCCCCUUAACGGAGAUUUCAAAGAUUUUUCAGGCAAAGGCUCCUCAGAGAAAUUUCCGACGAUUAAGCCUGAUCUUCUAGAACCCUCUGAACUGGGCAUUGAACCGGAGCCACCGAGCUGGCCGGAAAGAGAUGCGAUGCUACGAAUGAAUUUGGCUAGGAAAUUGAGCUGUAGGGAACUUCCUUUAUCGAUUCGGAUCAUAAAGAAGAAGCUCCAAUGGCAAAAGAACUUCAAGGAAGCAAGCGAUUUCACUUGCUGUUCGGUGAAAAAGACAUUUUCCUACAUGUUAUUCAUCUACCACGAACUCCAAAACUAUGCCCUGGAAAGAAGCGAAACCCUGUACCGCGAAGAUUUGCAAGAUGUCAUGAACAAGUUUCGCAGAGACAUGGAUGCUUCCUUCGUUUGGCUAUUCCAGAAAGUUUUCUGGAAAACCCCUAGUUUCAUGCUUUAUACGAUGGUUCUCUUAGCGAACUUCUCUGUAUACUCAAUGGGCACUCACACUGGAGUUUCAGUUACUCCUACAUCAAUUGUCACGGAUGUUCAAACCUUGAGUGAGAACAAGAAUAAGAAGGGGUUCAGAGACGCAGGGAGGUUAUGGAAUUCAACUGUGCAGGAAGCUUCGAGGGUGCGUGAUGAAAGCGGGACCAAGAAUUUGGACGAAAAGCCAAUGGUACAUUUUGUUGCUCCCGAGUCCGAGGAGAUCGAAAGAAAUAAUAAAUACGAGCAAUAUACGAGUACUGAUCUCCAUUACAAAAGGCAGUUAUAUGAAUACCCCAACAAUUCUCUCCUACUCUCUAAUUAUGCGCAGUUCCUUUACCUUGUUGUCCAUGAUCAUGAUCGAGCAGAGAAUUACUUCAGUCAGUCCGUGGCGGCGGAGCCACAAGAUGCGGAGGCAUUCUGUCGAUACGCAGACUUCCUGUGGCAGGUGAGGAAUGAUCUAUGGGGAGCAGAGGUGAGAUAUCUGAAGGCCAUCGAAGAAGAAAAUGAGAAUUGGCAUUACACUUCAAAGUACGCCACUUUCCUAUGGUGCACCGGCGCAGAAGAUACUUGUUAUCCUCUAUAUUCCAGAGACAACUCUCAACAACAACAAUGACACGUUACCGUUUAUUUCUGUGCUUUUAUCCAGUUAUGUCACGUUUUGCUUACUGGGCUUCAAACAUUCCGCUUCCCAUUAGUUAAGUUUCCUUCAUCUUUUGGAUUUCUAACAUUUAGCGUCCUUGAUGCCCGCAGCAAACCAUCUUCUGUUUGUACGUGAUUCCAGGGCAUUCAUAUGGAGGCUCACCGGCAUUUUUUUCUUAAUGUUAAACGUUCAUUAUAGCUAUAAAUAUGGUCAAAAAUCAUUCCGAACUAGAAUUUCUCCCCGUUGAUUGCAAUUAAAGAGAGGGAACCAGGGCGCCAAUAACCUGGUAUUCCAUGUCAGCAAUACAAUAGAUUGAUCCAAGAAAUGUGCUAAAUCCACUACCCACGCCAAAAUGCAUGGAUUGCGUGUAAGAAUCAAAUAUAGUACGGCUAAUUAACUACGAAGAAUCGCCAGUGGCCUAGCGACACAAUGGCAUCCUACGCCCCCUCAGAAGAGGGGGGAGGUCGCCAGUUAUCCUAGGUGAGGUUGUGGGUGUAGAGUGUGCGUGAGUUUCCUCCCCCAUGUGUGUGAUUGUCCCUU